AUGGCAUCCACCUGUUUCCCCGGGAAGCCUAUCAUGGCCCUCGGCUUUCUUCUGUUUGCCUGCCUGCUGUCCACCGGCCAUGCCUCUCCAAGUGGAUGUGACGAUCCCGCGUUUUUCAUGUGUGACGAUGGUUCUGAAUGUAUCCCUCCAGAGUCGCACUGUGACGGGAACAUUACGUGUUGGGACGGUUCAGACGAGGCAAACUGCACGGUGUGCCCCUUACCCAACUACUUCAAGUGUCGCAGUGGUAGCAUGUGCGUACCCCCAUGGCAGCAUUGCGACUCGUUUUACCAAUGUCCAGACGGUUCGGAUGAGCAAGGCUGCUUGAGCGAAGACGGGAGCGAAGACGGGAGCGAAGGUGAAGACUGGGGCGGUGACUGGGGCGAAGACUGGGGUGGUGACUUGGGCGGAUACGGGGGCGGAUACGGGGACUGGGGCGGAGACGGGGGCGGAGACGGGGACUGGGGCGGAGACGGGGGUGGAUACGGGGGCAAAGACGGGAGCGCAGACUGGGGCGGACAUGGGGGCGGAGACGGGGGCGAAGACUGGGGCGGAGACGUGGGCGGAGGCUUGGGCGGAUACGGGGGCGAAGACUGGGGCGAAGACUGGGGCGGAUACGGGGCCGGAGACUGGGGCGGAUACGGGGGCGAAGACUGGGGCGAAGACUGGGGCGGAGACGUGGGCGGAGGCUUGGGCGGAUACGGGGGCGAAGACUGGGGCGAAGACUGGGGCGGAUACGGGGCCGGAGACUGGGGCGGAUACGGGGGCGAAGACUGGGGCGGAGACGGGGGCGAAGACUGGGGCGGAGACGGGGGCGAAGACGGGGGCGAAGACUGGGGCGGAGACGGGGGCGAAGACUGGAGCACAGAGUGUUCCUCAACCGAAGAUUUCACCUGUGUAAGUGACGGAGCCUGUAUCGUAUCGGUGUUUCAAUGCGACGGGUAUGUUGAUUGUCAAGACGGGUCAGAUGAGCAAGAUUGUUGGAGCAUAGAGUGCCCAGGUCCCGACUUCUUCAGAUGUCAGAGCACCGGGGCGUGUAUCGAUCCAUAUACGCGAUGUAACGGUUGGGAUAACUGCUUGGAUGGCUCAGAUGAGAAGGACUGCUUGGGUAUAGAGUGUUCCGAAUUCAGCUGUAAAGGUAGUGGAGCCUGUUACACUUGGUUCGAACAAUGUGACGGCUUUGAUGAUUGUCCAGGCGGCACAGAUGAGGAGGACUGCUGGAGUAUGGAGUGUCCCGAGUACAGAUGUAACAGUACUGGAGCCUGUCUUAGUCGGUGGCAACAAUGUGACGGCUUUGAUGAUUGUUCAGAUGGCUCAGAUGAGAAGAACUGCUCGAGUGUAGAGUGUCCCGAGUACAGGUGUAACAAUAGUAUAGCCUGUUACACUUGGUUCGAACAAUGUGACGGCUUUGAUGAUUGUUCAGAUGGCUCAGAUGAGAAGGACUGCUCGAGUGUAGAGUGUCCCGACUUCCUCCCGUUUAGGUGUAACAGUAGUGGAGCCUGUUUCGGUCGGUGGCAACAAUGUGACGGCUUUGAUGAUUGUUCAGAUGGCUCAGAUGAGAAGAACUGCUCGAGUGUAGAGUGUCCCGAGUACAGGUGUAACAAUAGUAUAGCCUGUUACACUUGGUUCGAACAAUGUGACGGCUUUGAUGAUUGUUCAGAUGGCUCAGAUGAGAAGGACUGCUCGAGUGUAGAGUGUCCCGACUUCCUCCCGUUUAGGUGUAACAGUAGUGGAGCCUGUUUCGGUCGGUGGCAACAAUGUGACGGCUUUGAUGAUUGUUCAGAUGGCUCAGAUGAGAAGGACUGCUCGAGUGUAGAGUGUCCCGACUUCCUCCCGUUUAGGUGUAACAGUAGUGGAGCCUGUUUCGGUCGGUGGCAACAAUGUGACGGCUUUGAUGAUUGUUCAGAUGGCUCAGAUGAGAAGGACUGCUCGAGUGUAGAGUGUCCCGACUUCCUCCCGUUUAGGUGUAACAGCAGUGGAGUCUGUUUCGGUCUGUGGCAACAAUGUGACGGCUUUGAUGAUUGUUCAGAUGGCUCAGAUGAGAAGAACUGCUCGAGUGUAGAGUGUCCCGAGUACAGGUGUAACAAUAGUAUAGCCUGUUACACUUGGUUCGAACAAUGUGACGGCUUUGAUGAUUGUUCAGAUGGCUCAGAUGAGAAGAACUGCUCGAGUGUAGAGUGUCCCGAGUACAGGUGUAACAAUAGUAUAGCCUGUUACACUUGGUUCGAACAAUGUGACGGCUUUGAUGAUUGUUCAGAUGGCUCAGAUGAGAAGGACUGCUCGAGUGUAGAGUGUCACGCCUACUCCCCGUUCAGUUGUGACAGCGGUGGAGCCUGUUACACUUGGUUCGAACAAUGUGACGGCUUUGAUUAUUGUUCAGAUGGCUCAGAUGAGAAGGACUGCUCGAGUGUAGAUUGUCCCGUCUACUCCCCGUUCAGUUGUAACAGCAGUGGAGCCUGUUACACUUGGUUCGAACAAUGUAACGGCUUUGAUAAUUGCCCAGACGGCUCAGAUGAGAAGGACUGCUGGAGCAUAGAGUGUCCCGAGUACAGGUGUUACGAUGGUGGAGACUGUUUCGCUUCUUCGCAACGAUGUGACGGCUUUGAUGAUUGUUCAGAUGGCUCGGAUGAGGAGGAUUGCGAGCCCGUGAUCGACUGUUUACAGGCAGACAAUGUUUGGUGUGAAAUUAGUCAAAAAUGUGUCUUGUCACGGGGCGAGUGUGAUUGUGAAUUCUGCUGGACAGACUGUCCCCAGCACACGUUCAGAUGUGAAAGAAGUGCAGACUGUAUCUAUGCAUGGUUGAAAUGUGACGAUUAUGACGACUGCCCAGACGGUUCAGAUGAGAAGUAUUGCACAGCCGACACCUGUCCCCUACCCAGUGUCUUCUGCGCACCCGAUGGUCCCUGCCUCCCGGACACGAGGCGCUGCGAUGGGGUCGGGGACUGUCCCGACGGGUCCGAUGAAAGUGGCUGCGUUUGCACCAGUGUGGAGUUCCUGUGUGUAAACAGCAGCGGAUGUAUGGCGACAUCGGGAGUGUGCGACGGAGUCCCAGACUGUGACGACGCGUCGGACGAGCUGGAGUGUCCGUCCUGUGUGGAGAGGGGCCAGUGGCAGUGUGAUGGCGGGGAGUGCAUCAACAUCGCCUCGGUGUGUGACGGGGACAAGGACUGUGCUUCUGGGGCAGACGAAGAGAACUGCCCCGGUAGGUUCUGA